UUCCGCAUGAGCGACUUUGGGAGGAGGCGGUCAAAGUUCAGAGUCCAAAGUCAACAAACGGCUUCAGUCUUUAAGAUGAAGGAUUAUAUUAGCAGCUGCUCUUAUAACCAACUGUAUCAAAAUGUCAAACGAGUGUCAAAAGACGGCGAGUAUUUCUGCAAAGAACUUAUGAACAUUAUGCAGCAAAGGUCCGAACUCGACCACACCUAUGCGAAGGGCCUCCAAAAAUUGGCUGGUAAACUUAUGAGGGCUUCCAAAGGAAUGACCGACAACUCUGUUUACGGUGCCUGGUGUCAAGUGUCGGAUGAGAUGUAUUCCCGAGCAGAUGCCCACAGAUCAUUGGCGAAUGCAUUUCAACAGGAGGCCAUUUUGGAAUUACGUCAACUUUUAGAUGAGCAUAACAAGAGAAAGAGGCCUCUCGACAACGCCAUUGAGAGAACGGGCAAGCUCGUUACGGUGAACUGGACUGAGCAAAUCAAGACCAAGAAGAAACUGGUCGGAUUAACACGGGAGCACGAAGCCUUAUUCAACUUUGUGGAGAGUAAUAAGCAUUUAUCUACAGAGAAAGAAAAACAAAAGAUGCUAAACCGGCUGACAAAGUCGGCGGAGGUAACGACGCGAGUGGAUGAGGAGUACUUCAAUGCCAACAUGGAGGGCCAACAGAUGAGACUCAAGUGGGAAAAUACACUUAAAAACUGCUACCAGGUCGUUCAGGAGCUAGAGAAACAACGGAUUGAAGUUCUUUGCAACAUUCUGACCCAGUACAAGCUGCACAUGUCCAGUUUUGGGCAGACCCUCAAACAUGGCCAAAAGCAGAUCGAGUUACUGGUCCAAAGAGUGGACAUGGAUAAAGACAUCCAAAAACUGGUGGAGGAGAACAACGUCACAACGGACAAUAAAGCAGAAUUUUUGAUGACCGAUUAUUUUGAGGAAGACGUCAAAUCACUCAUGUGCAGAGACCGAAGAAGAGAAGCCAUUAAACUCAAACUUUGUCGCUUGGAGGACGCAAUCUUAAAAGCAAAGAAAGACUGCGAAGGGAUCCAAAAGCUGAUGAAAAUCUACUCGGAAAACCCUUCCUUCUCAAACCACAGGAACCUGGAGGAGACCGAGCAGCAGCUUGAUGAGAACACUUUGAAGUUGGAUCUCCUGGAGGCCACGCACUACAAACUAUCUGCGUCGUUGUGUGACCUCGAGGGGAAGCCCAGGUCCUCCCACCGAUUUAAGGACAGCAUUGUCAAGUGGAAAGAUAAGGACUGCGAGCACAGUGUGGUGCAGCUGAUUCGGCCGGUGAAACUCAGGAGAACCUUCAGAACCAGACACUCCCUGAGAGCAUCCAUCAUCUACAAAGGACCCGUUCGGACUACAAAAUCUCCGACUGAGGAGUCGGCGUGCGGUGGCACGGCACCCUUACAGGAACCAGAGGACCGUGUUCAAAGCCCAACACUUGCGCAAGAGCCUAAUGAACACGGUAGGGCUUCUAUAGGAAUCAAAUGUUUAUUUAGAACAUUGUUGAAAUCAUUUGCUAAAUACAUUAAACAUUCAGUUCAGAGAACGCCCGACGUUUGCACCGUGGGACAAUGCAAGGCUUUGUACAGCUUCGAACCUCAACGAAGCGAUGAAUUACCUCUGAAAGAAGGUACGGAAGGGAAAAAAGUGUCCAAACCUUUCCAAAAAGGAAGAUCGGAGUUACUAUGUAAACUAACGUGUGUCGACAGGGGACCUACUCGACGUUUACACAAAGGACGAGAAUGGCUGGUGGUUUGGAGCCCUCAAUGGCCAGACGGGUCAUUUUCCCUCAACGUAUGUCGAGGAGCUGCCUGUGCUGAGUAGCAUCAAAUCAUCUGAAGCCUGACUGCCUCUGCGACUUUCAAAUGGGAUCGACAAAAUGGUUUAACAUUUUUUGGAAGGGUAAUAUUGUCUUAAAUUUGCUGAGAAAAAUCAAUUACGUUGGUGUAAAGAUGACCAAUCUUGUUUAGGAGGAUGAAAUGACUUCUGCUAUGAUUACAUCAGAAUAAAAGUGAAACAAACAAAA